AUGACCGGUCUUGAUCUUAUCUUGGAGUUGGACUGGUUAUCUAAGAACCAUGUUCUACCCGACUAUUUCGCAAAAUUACUGUACUUCAUGUCGGAAGAUACAGAAGGGUCGGUGGUGGUAAAUAACUAUUACUUGAAUUCUAUGGUAGUGAAUUGCUCUGGGGCCGAAUGUCAGGGUAUUUUGUUGUUAAUCGUGGGUGUCUCGGGUGAUGAUCAAAGCUUGGAGCAGAUUCCGGUUGUGUGUGAGUUUUCGGAGGUAUUUCCUGACGAUAUUGAUGAAUUCCCACCUAACCGAGAGGUUGAGUUUACUAUUGAGUUGGUGCCUGGAACGGGGCCAAUCUCGAUUGAUCCUUACCGAAUGUCGCCUUUAGAAAUGGCCGAGCUCAAGUCUCAGCUAGAGGAUCUGUUGGCCGUUGCCAAUGCUCAUAGGCAACAGUUUUUUACCUAA